AUGGCCGCUCCCUCAAUGAACAUAUCACUUUUGCAUAAUGAGUCCGAUUCCGCGGACGCUAUUAUGCAGAUGGCAGCAAUGCAAUGUCAGGUGUUAAGCAGUCGAAUCGGCGAUGUAUAUCCUUGUACUGCCGCCCAAGAGGGUCUUUUUGCCUUGUCAAUAAAACGUCCCAGCAGCUAUACUGCCCGCUAUGUCUACAAUCUUCCGAGUGAUACCGAUCUGCCGCGAUUUAAACGGGCGAUUGAAGCCACGGUGGAUGCUCAUACCAUUCUCCGCACGAGGUUAAUCCAACAUGAUACUCACGGUACCCUCCAGGCGGUCUUGCACCGAGAAAAGGGGAUGAUUGCAUCGGCUGACAACCUGGAGGCGUACUUGAUAGCCGAUGUUCAAAAAGCCAUGCCACCGGGGGCGCCAUUGAUUCGCAUUGCCCUUGUACAUGGCCCACACUGCACCCCGACCCUGGUCAUCACCAUUCAUCAUGCCCUGUAUGACGACUGGUCACUGAACGUGGUCCUGCAUGACAUUGAACGCGCCUACGAUGGUUCCACGCUCGCUCUCCGGGCAUUUUCGGACUUCACGGCUCUUUCCCUGCGAGCGCAGUCCCAGGAAGCAGCAGCGUACUGGAGAAAGUAUCUGAAGUCUGUAUCUGCAUCACAAUUCCCUCGUCUUCCCUCCAGUUCAUCUGCGACUGCUGCCACAUCCUCAUUGGUUCGUCAUGUCGCUUUCCCGGAGAGCCUGAGAAGUGAGACUCAUCAGUCCGCGGCGAUUGAGCUCGCGUGGGGAAUGCUACUCUCCCUCUAUACAGGCUCCUCGGACGUCGUUUUUGGGGUCACUUUGACAGGUCGACGCGCACAGUUGCUUGGGAUCGAGGACAUGUCCGGCCCAACGAUUGCUACUGUUCCCUUUCGCGUACAGGUUUCCCCGGAAAUGAAGGUGGCCGACGUCUUGCAAGAUCUCCUGAACACCGGGGACGAGAUGCUGCCUUUUGAACAGCGCGGUUUGUAUCAUAUCGGUCGCUUGGGUGACGAGGCCGCCGCAGCCUGCCAAUUCCAGAAUCUGGUAGUUAUUCAGUCUCCACAGCAACACCACUAUGCGUACCUGCAAGAAGUCACCCAGGACCUUCAUCUGGAAAAUCAUGCUACCUUCGGCACCUAUCCUUUGACUCUGGUGUGUGACCUGAGUGAAAAUUCGAUGCGUGUCCAGGCAGUGUAUGAUGAAAAGGUCAUCUGUGAGACUCAGAUGCAGCGGAUCCUGAACCAGCUCGGCACCUUGCUCGGUAGUUUGGUCGAACAGCCCCAAUUGGCCCUUGGUGAAAUCAACAUUAUGAGUGCAAAUGAUAUUGACCAGUUGAAGAAGUGGAAUGGACAAUUUCCAACCAAGGUCGAUGAGUGUAUGAAUGACUUGAUUCUGAAUCAGUGCCGUGUCCGUCCAGAAGCCCCUGCUGUAACCUCCUGGGACGGGGAGUUCAGCUAUAGGGAGCUCGAAGAACUUUCCGGUCGAUUGUCGGCUUCUCUGAUAGAUUAUGGUAUUGGUCAGGAUGUUGUUAUACCAGUGUAUUUCGAAAAGUCGAAGUGGACAACUGUCGCAUUGUUAGCAGUCAUGCGGGCUGGUUUUGCGUUUGUGCUGUUGGAUCCCUCGACUCCGUUGCGCCGCAAUCAGACAAUCUGCCAGCAGGUCAACGCCACGUGUAUCUUAACCUCAGUCACCUUGCAUAAGUCAGGGCAAAAACUUCUGGACCACGUCAUUCCCGUCGGGUACAAUACUAGUGCGUUGCAACCACGCCAGUACAGUGUCCAACAGAAGGCCAGCCCCUCCAGUCUUCUAUACUGCGUGUUCACCUCCGGUUCUACGGGGAAUCCGAAGGGGGUACAGAUUGAGCAUGGCUCAUUUACCACGAGUACGAAAGCCUACAUCGCCACGAGCCAGAUGAUGCCCGAGACUCGGGCUUUGCAGUUCGCUUCCUACGCAUUCGAUGUAAGCAUCUCCGACACUCUGGUAACACUUGCAGCUGGUGGGUGCAUCUGCGUUCCUUCGGAGGAACAGCGUCAGUCAGGAUUACCGGAAGUGGUGGCCCUGUACAACGUCAACUGGGCGGACUUCACCCCGUCUGUCCUGCGCCAGUUCCAGCCUGAACAAUUCCCUUCACUUCGUAACAUUAUCCUUGGCGGAGAGCCAAUGCUGCAAGCCGAUAUUGAUACUUGGAAGCCACAUGUGCACCUCCUGAAUAUCUAUGGCCCUGCCGAAUGCUGUGUGCUCUCUACCGUGCAGAAUAAUAUUACUGGGACAACAGAUGCUCGCGAUAUUGGUUAUGGAACAGGCUGCACUUGUUGGGUUGUUGAUCCAACGAACCAUAACAAACUUAUGCCUAUCGGUGUAAUUGGAGAGCUGCUGAUUGAAGGGCCUAUAGUUGGGCGUGGAUACCUAGCCGAUGCAGAGAAAACUGCUGCAAGCUUUAUCGAUGACACUCCCCCAUGGUUGCCCGUCAUUCGCCCUGGAGCGUCUCCCUCCCGGAUGUACCGCACAGGGGAUCUGGUGCAGUAUACCCCACAGGGUUCUUUGCGAUACGUUGGCCGGAAAGACAUGCAGGUGAAGCUGAAUGGACAGCGGGUAGAAGUCGAAGAAGUUCAAUACCAUCUCUACUGUUCAUUCCCAGGAGUUGAAGAGGUAGUCGUCGACCUGGUAUUACCUCCAGCUUUGGAAGGGCGCCCUCAACUGGUGGCAUUUAUCACUGGCAAAUGGGGGCUCUGCAAAGAUGCGACUGAUAUCUUUGUCCCUCCCACUGGUGCUUUCUUUGAAGCGAUGGCCACGGCAAAGGCAGCUCUCCAGAAGGUUUUGCCAGCCUUCAUGAUCCCCUCGUAUUUCCUACCAAUUACUCGAGUUCCUCGUACAGUCUCUGACAAGACAAACCUCCAGAGCCUGAGGAAGGCCACCAACGCAUUGACUGGAGAGCAGAUGGCAGCCUACAGACAGCAGCCGACGACAGGGCCCAAAAAACCUCCCGUCUCGCAGGCUGCGGUCCACAUGCAGAAAAUCUGGGCUCAAGUAUUGAAGAUCUCUCUUGGCCAAAUUGGCUUGGAAGACGGGUUCUUCCAAUUGGGAGGAGACUCAAUCACUGCAAUGAAAGUUGCCAACAUUGCCAAAUCACAGGGGCUGUCGAUCUCCGUCCCCGAUCUCUUCAAAAACAGCAGUUUGGACUCACUCGUUCAGACUGCAGAGAGCCAGGCUGACAUCCCCUCUUGCCCAUCUCGGUGGGAUUGGGAGAUGGAGACUGCUCUGCGACCGGACAUUACAGAUACUGGUGCUAAUAGAAAGGGGAAGGUUGCUUUGACCGGCUCUACCGGCUUUUUGGGCCAGAAAAUACUUCGCCUGCUGAUUGAGAAUUAUGCUGUAAAGGAGGUUCAUUGUCUGGCAGUUCGGUCUCAGGGAAGUGGAGUUGGAAGGCGGAACUCCGCGCUAGAAUCUGAUAAAGUGAUAGUCCACUCUGGGGACCUCUCACUGCCUAACCUCGGGCUGUGUGCGGAGGCCUUUACACGGGUCAUCCAGAGCUGUGAAGCCAUCAUUCAUUGUGGGGCGGAUAUCUCUUUUGUCAAGUCAUAUGAUCUCCUCAAAGCCACCAAUGUUGGUGCGACGCAAGAGAUAGCCCGCAUGGCGAUCAAACAUGGUGUCCCUAUUCACUAUAUUUCCAGUGCCGCGCUGUCUCAUUUGACAAGACUGGAUAGCUUCGGGGAAGUGAGCGUGCGACACUUCCGACCAGCCACUGACGGGCAGCACGGGUAUUUGACAUCCAAGUGGGUCAGUGAGGUCUACCUGGAGAGAUGCAAUGAGACGCAUGGGGUGCCUGUGACAAUCCAUCGUAUCUCAAGCAUCGUCGGGUGUGACGCCCCCGCGAUGGAUAUCACCAACAAUGUGCUCAAUAUGUCCCGGAAACUGCGUGCAGUUCCUGACUUGAGUAGUUGUAAGGGCUAUGUGGAUCUGAUCAGUGUCCAAAAUGCCGCUUCAAAUAUUAUUACGGAUGCAUUGGGUCAACAUUCAUCCACCGCCGUCACUUAUGCCAAUGAAUCUGGCGAAGUUCGCGUCGCCGCAAGUCGCUUGCAUGAAUACCUUGAAAAGGAGGCGGAAGAGCCAUUUAAUGUGGUGCAACUUCCAGAAUGGAUUCAGUCCGCACGUAAAUGUGGCAUGCCCGAACUGGUGGCCAGCUUCCUUGACGCUAUGCCUCCGUCUGAGAUUGAUAUCGCCAUGCCCUUCCUCAGAACCAGGAGAAUCGGUGGGCGAGCUGUCUCAAGAAACCCAUCGCUCCCUGCCCAUCCGACGAGAUCUCUUGGUCGGGGAGGACCACAGAUCCCGAGGCUCGGAUUCGGGGCUAUGCCGUUAUCAGUGUUUUACCUUCCCCGUCCAACGGACGAGGAACGGUUGCAGCUGCUAGAUCAAGUAUACAGCAUGGGCUUGACUCAUUGGGACUCGGCCGAUUGCUACGCCGACAAUGAGGAGAUUCUAGGAAAGUGGUUUGCUCGCACUGGUCGUCGCCAUGACAUCUUCCUCGCCAGCAAGUUUGCCGUGACGUCUGAGGAUGGUGGUCAAACAUGGAUUGUGCGCAAUGAUCCCUCCUAUGUUCAGAAGGCAUGCAACCUGAGUCUUCAGAAGCUGGGGGUUGACUCCAUCGAUUUGUAUUAUUGUCACCGCAUGAGCGGCGAGACACCUAUCGAAGAAACGGUGGAAGCGAUGGUCCGUCUGAAGAACGAGGGCAAAAUCCGCUACCUUGGCCUGUCAGAAUGCUCCGCGGACACCCUUCGACGAGCGUGCAAAAUCCAUCAUAUCAAAGCUGUGCAAGUAGAGUAUAGUCCGUUCAGCCUGGACAUUGAGGAUCCGACGAUCGACCUACUCAAAACGUGCCGUGAUCUCGGCGUCGCAGUUGUCGCCUAUUCACCUCUUGGUCGUGGGUUCCUGGCUGGGAAGAUAAAGUCAAUUGAUGACAUUCCCGAAGGUGAUGUGCGUCGCUCUUUGCCUAGAUUUCAGCCCGAAAACUUUGCGAACAACCUACGGCUCGUGGAUAUUUUCAAUGACAUGGCGGGCUCCAAGGGAGUUCCUGUUGCCUCUCUGGUACUAUCCUGGUUGAUGCUUCAGGGGGAUGACAUUUUCCCCGUUCCUGGCAGCACCAACGCUCGAAACAUUGAACAGAAUCUGCUUGCCUUCGGCAUUACCUUCACGGAUAAGGAAGUUCGGGUCAUCCGUACUGCACUGAAGGAUAUUAAUGUGGCAGGAGACCGGUACGGGGAAGGGUGA